AUGUAUCAUACAAUUUUGUCCACUGUAUCGCCAUUUGAUAAAAAUUUGAGUGCAAUUGUGAAAACCGAUAAUAGAGUACAGAUAUGCACGACUCAUAAAUACAGGUUUAAUAUAAUUAAUUUGGAUAAAGAUUGUGAUGACAAUUAUGAAUCAAAAGAGGUAUCAAUUGAAACUAACAAAGAAGUUAUUGUUGAUAAGGAUUAUAUAAUACAAUCAAAAUGGCUUUACUUGUAUGACAAAGCUUUUCUGUUAAUUCUUCUACACAAUGGACUCAAAAUCUAUGAUUGUGAUGGAAAAGAUAUCAUAUUUAAUCAUACGUUUGGAGGCAAAAGUAAUGAAUGUCCUGAUAAUAAUCACUCGAGUGGUGUAACAUCAGUUGAUGGACGUGUCAUUUGUAUUGGUUCAAGCAAUGGAUCAAUUUUGACAUUUAUUAUGGAUGACCAUGGUCAUAUUACUUAUGAUGACACUUGCAAUCAACACAUCAGCAACAGACCAAUAACUGAUUUAGUAUCAAAUGAACUAAAUCUAGUGAUUAGUUGUGAUGACAGCGGAAAGAUAUGGAUCUGGGAUUAUAUAACAUCUCAAAACAAAUUUCAUGAAAUUUGCACUUUUGAAGGCUAUAAUGGUUUUUCAUGUAAUUGUUUGGCAAUAUAUAACAAUUAUGUCUGUGCUGGCUAUGGUUCCGGUCAUUUGAGAUUUUUCGACAUUCAAAACAAAGUACUAAUCUGUGAGAUAUCUGGUCAUUCAAAAUGGAUUACUUCUAUUAAUAUAUGUCCACAAUCUGGUCGACUCUUAUCCACAUCAGAGGACAGCUUUGUCAGGGUUUGGCAAUUAUAUGAAGUCAAUGAUUGCCUUAAAGUAAACCAUGAAUUCAGUCAACACAUAGCAAACCACAUGCUAUUCGGCGGUGUUUUUCUCGACAAAAGCGGUCAAUCGUUUUGUGUCUCAGGAUAUGACUCACUAGAGUUGCAUCGAUUCUCUACACGAGUAUAA